CUUUCACAUGUAUUUUCUCCAAGCUGGCUAACUUUUUCUAAUCUCUCGUAAAGUUUUCAAAAUGUCCCUUUAGCACCUUUUGGACUGCCACCCUUCCGGUAGGAAUUAAUAUAAAAUUAUUUGAAUUUGGACAGAUAAAAAGUUUGAAUUUAAAAUUGUACUUUUAGUGAAAUAGUGCCUCAUUAUUUGAAGUAAGAAUAAGGAAGUGAAUAUUAAUAACGCAAGGAACGUGUCAAAUGGUAAAAAAUAUGACUGUUCCCAUCAUAAUUCUAGAUAUUAAACCUCUUUAAGAUUAAGUGUUUUGUCAUAUAGCCUACUCCGCAAAAUGCAUUUUCCACGGGGUAUUCAAUUUGGAGAACGUAGGCAUUGUGUAACACCGAACAAUGAUCGGCUUGUUGGUGUUAGUAAGCAAGCGACCCUGUAAAAUAACUUAACGCACAUCGCAUAUGAUUAGGUUAGGUUAGGUAACCAAUGACUCUAUGAGUGUGUCAGACUGUCAGACUGGCUCUGGCAGUGUACUACAUGGUCACUUCAUAAUAGCAUAGCCUCCUUGGGUGUGGUUAACGUGGGAUUUUUUAUUCUUAUAGUCUCCCUUCGGAUUUUCAUCUGGCGUAAUUUGCCUCAAAUACUUUAAAAUUCGUUUCCAUAACAAAUUCGUGAUGAAGAAGAGAAGCUUAUCCGGAAACUUUGGCAUUGGUAUUUUCGUGCUUGGGUUCGUGUGUGUUUGUGUUGCAUUCGGGACACCUGCCUGGAUAUCGAGUGACUGGAGAAUUACAAGUGCACAACUUGAUCAAUUUGGACUCUGGAGGCAUUGUUUUCGAUCACUUCCUAAUCCAAUAGAAUCCGAUGCACCAACAAGAUUUUUCGUGGGUUGUAGGUGGGUCUAUGACCCAUUUACUCGUGGUUAUAAUCAAAUUAGAGGCUACCUUUUACCUCCGUUUAUGGUUGCAACCCAAGUGUUCUUCACCUUUUGCUUUAUAUCAUGCCUGGUAGCAUUUGGUCUCAUACUGCUCUUUGGAUUGUGUUGCGAUCCAGAUCAAAAACGUUAUGUGCAGCUCAUCUCAAUAAUUGGAUUUCUGUUACUAUUCGGCGGAGCAAGUGGAGUUUUGGCAAUAAUCAUUUUUGGUUGCCUGGGAAAUACUGAUGGUUGGAUGCCUGGCCAUGAUACCAACUACUUAGGAUGGUCCUUCGUCUUAGGGGCCAUUGGUUCUGUAGUAGUUUUAAUAGCAAGUUUGCUGUUCCUCGUGGAAGCGAAUAUACAGCGUAAAAAACGAGAUUAUUUGAAAGCAUCUCAGACACGAUUUCAAUUGGAAUCACGAACCUGAUUUCAUAGAAAUUUGUAAGAAAGAUAUUUUAUGAGUGUCUUGUUGUGACACGACUUCUUUCGCACGUUGCGCUGUAUCUAUUGUAUAAAUUUAGAAUCUCAGUUGCAAAUAUCGUCUAUCGUCCGUCCAUUAAUUAGAUUUUAAGAGACAUAUGCCUUGAAAACUAUGUAAUUCGUUGUUAUUUAUAGCUUUUAGCGACCAUAAAACCACCACCUUAUUCACUGUUUAUGUGUGAAAAUUACUCAUCUAAUGAAGUAAUAUUUAGUAAUGAAAAUCUUUAAUUUCUGAACACGCAAGACUGAUUCUAAUAAAGAAUCUAUAAUUUUAUCGAAAGCCCCCAUUAAAAAAGGAUCUGACCAAAUAUUGACAUUACGAGAUUUAACAAAUAACAAAGUAACCUGAAAAACGCACAGAAAAUACUCUUAAGGGAUAAUAAUUCAUCAUUUUUAUUCAGAUCCUUUUUCGACUUGAAAUUUCAAUAUUUUAGAUCUAAGCUGAGGCUCUAAAUGCCAAGUAUUCUCAAAAAACUGUUUUAUAUUAUAUUUACUUACUUAUUUAUAUAUCAGAAUGUAGAGUUAAUAACGAUCUGUCUAACAGUAAAAUCAUUUAAUGUCUUCCCUCGUGAAUUGAGCCUUUAUGUUUAUUUAAUUACGUGAAACCUAAUUUCACAGGGAAUGCAUACAAUGUUUUUGCCGCAUUUUGAUGUAUCAAACUGAAAGAAUGUAUAGAUUAGAUGUUUCUUUUUAUUGAAUAUUAUUUCUUAAGUAUUUUACACUUCCGUCCAAAUGUACAAACUCUUUAUAAGAGAAUUAAUAUAUCGUUCAUUGUUUUUUCUUUACAUGUGACAACUUUUUCUAAUAAAGAUUUGUAUACACAUUAUGCCUGAUGAUUAUAAUGACCUAGGGUUUUUUUUUUU